ACGCCGAGAAGAGUACACACUGUCUCUGUCGGAUCUCUCAAUACAGAAAUCGCAUCGAUCUGAGUCAACUCGCUACUGACUCAAAAUGGCGAGUCGACUCAUCCUCCUUUUUCUCUCUUCCCUUCUCCUCAUCUCCCUCUUACUCACUCCAUCACUCGCCGGCGCCGGCGCUGACGACGACAAUGAAGACCUCAGCUUCCUAGAAGUCGACGACGUAAACGACGCCGCGCCGGAGCACACUUUCCCAACCGACACCUUCUCCGACGACGAAGAUUUCGAUGACGACGACGGGGACUUUGAGAAUUACGACGAUUUUGAGGUACCGUCGAGGUUUGAUGAUGAGAAGGAAGAGGAAGAUGAAGUUCCUAAAUUCGACGAUAAAGACGUCGUCGUUUUGACAGAUAGGAAUUUCAGUGACUUUGUGGAGGAUAAUAAGUAUGUGAUGGUGGAGUUUUACGCACCGUGGUGUGGUCACUGUAAGGAACUUGCACCGGAGUACGCCGCCGCUGCGACGGAGCUGAAGGUGGAAAAUGUGCCGUUGGUUAAAGUUGAUGCUACGGUGGAGAAUGAGCUGGCGGAAAAUUAUGAGGUUCAAGGAUUUCCUACUAUUUAUUUUUUUGUUGAUGGUGAGCAUAAAACUUACAGUGGCCAAAGAACCAAAGAUGCAAUUGUGACUUGGAUCAAGAAGAAGAUUGGACCUGGCAUUUACAAUAUAACAACAACAGAGGACGCUGAACAUGUACUAACCUCUGAAAACAAAGUCGUUUUAGGGUUCCUUGAGUCCUUGGUGGGUCCUGAAACAAAGCAACUUGCUGCUGCUUCAAAACUUGAGGAUGAUCUUAACUUUUACCAGACAACAAAUCCUAACGUGGCUAAGCUAUUCAAUAUUGAAGACAUUGUUAAACGCCCAGCUUUAGUCUUGCUUAAAAAGGAAGAGGAGAAAGUGGUGCAUUAUGAUGGUCAAUUCACCAAGCCUGCAAUAGUUAAGUUUGUAUCUGCCAACAAGCUUCCUCUGGUGACAAUUUUUACUAGAGAAAGUGGAGCUUCAAUUUUCUUGAGUCCAAUAAAGAAGCAGGUUUUGCUCUUUGCUAGAACAAAUGAUACAGAUAAAGUAUUCCCAACAUUUCAAGAAGCUGCAAAACUUUUCAAGGGAAAGCUUAUCUUUGUUUUUGUCAACAUGGAUGAUGAAGAAGUUGGAAAACCUGUAUCAGAUUAUUUUGGAGCCACUGGAGAUUCUCCAAAGGUUAUUGGAUAUACUGGAAAUGAGAAUCCCAGGAAAUACAUAUUUGAUGGGGAGAUCACUGUUGAGAAGCUUAAGGCAUUUGGAGAGGAUUUUCUGGCUGACAAGCUCAAAUCUUUCUAUAAAUCAGACCCUAUUCCUGAGGAUAAUGAGGGGAACGUGAAGAUAGUAGUUGGGAACAAUUUUGAUGACAUUGUUCUGGACGAGUCAAAAGAUGUGCUACUGGAGAUAUACGCACCAUGGUGUGGGCAUUGCCAAUCUCUAGAACCAACAUACAACAAGCUCGCAAAGCACUUACGCGGCAUUGAGUCUCUUGUUAUAGCCAAAAUGGAUGGUACCACGAAUGAGCAUCCUCAAGGAAAGGCUGAAGGAUUUCCCACACUCCUCUUCUUCCCAGCAGGGAACAAGACCGCAGACCCGAUCCCAGUUGAUGCUGACCGAACUGUGGUGGCAUUGUACAAGUUUAUCAAGAAACACGCAACUAUUCCUUUCAAGCUUCCAAAACCAGCUUUGACAACUACAUCAGAGAGUUCGGAAGCCAAAGAAGGUGACAUCGUCGAGUCUAACAAUGGAAAAGAUGAACUAUGAAAAUUACAUAGCUCUGUUACUUUUUUUUUCUUUGUUAUUCUUCUAGUUUGUUUUGUAUUAGUACUAGAUAGACGAUGGCCUCGGAACUUGUUUUUCUUUCCUUUCCUUUUUAAUUGAGUUAAAAGUUUUAUGUCCCUUUAUAAAUGAUAAGUUAUAUAUAUCUUCAGUAUAAGGAAUUUUUAUA